AUGUCGGACCCCAUUUCUAUCACCGGUGCGGGAAAUGAGCUGGAUUUGACGCUGACUCCGUGCGCUGUCUGUAGCCAAACUUCCACCGAAAAUGAAGCGAUGGUAGGCUGCGACGGUUGCAACCGUUGGUUCCACUACCGAUGCGUCGGAGUGACCUCAGCGGUGAAAAAGGAGAAGAGGUGGUACUGCACUGAUGGUGUUUGUCAAGUUCUUGCUCAAGAGUACCUGAAGAACAAAAGGCCUCGGCCGAAGAAGACAUCGGAGUCGUCGGAAGCUUCCGUUUCGAAAUCAGGUACGCUCACUCUAGAGCAGAGACGAAAGGCUUUGCAAGAAAAGCAAAGGCGUCUUGAGCAGGAGCUCGAAGAUGAGAUGUUGCUGAAAGAGGAAGAGAGCAACAUGGAGCGUGCGUUAGAGAAAAAGCGAAUGCUUUUCGAGGAGAAAAUGCGCCAAAAGGAGCUGCAGGAAAGGAGCAUCCUUUAUGCAGAAGCGUUGCGGAAGAAGCAGGAGCAUAUAAUGCGGCUGAAGUCCAACCAGAGCUCAUUUGAGAAGGCGAUGGCUGCUCUGGAUGAAGAGCUAAAAAAAGUCAAAGUUGAGAACGUUAAACCGCUAAAAGUUUCCAACGUCGAGCAAUUGGAAAAAGAUGCCGGUGAAAGCGAUACUGCUUUGGAAAGCGACGAAGAAGACCAACCUUGUUCGGUAAUUUCGGAGAUUCAAUCUGCGAAAAGCGUCGAACGUACUCGGAAACGAUCUGAGCAAGCAAACGAUGGAAGCCAAUACGGGCUGGGGCAACAUCGGACCGGGCCGACGAAAGCUCAGUUGGCAGCUAGAAAUGGGAUUACCAAAAAGCCUCCCUGCUUUUCCGGAAAACCAGAAGAGUGGCCACUGUUUUUCGGUACGUAUCAAGCCUCGAACGAAGCCUGCGGCUACACCGAUGUCGAGAACCUUGUGCGACUGCAGGAGAGCCUUAAGGGACCGGCCCUAGAGUGGGUGCGCGGCCAACUAAUUCUUCCGCAGACCGUUCCGAGGGUAAUUAUCAAGCUGCAACAGCUGUACGGUCGUCCGGAACAAUUGCUACAGAGCCACCUGGAGAAAGUCCGCAAACUGGAGUCGCCGAGAGCUGAUAAGCUUGCCAGCUUCAUCCCUUUCGGGAACGCUGUGGAGCAACUGUGCGAACAUCUGGAAGCAGCAAAUCUCAAGCAGCACCUCGUAAAUCCGCUGCUUAUCCAGGAUCUCGUCGACAAGCUUCCUGACAGUGAAAAACGACAGUGGGUUCGCUUCAAGCGGUGCGCCGAUGAAGUAACAUUGAGGACAUUCACAGAGUUUCUGUCAGAAAUAGUGUCGGACGCUUGCGAAGCGAAUGUAAGCAUGGAGUACAAGCUCGCGACUAAACCUGCAAGCGGUGGCCAGUUCGGGAGAGAACACGCAAAAGGGAGAGGAGCAAUGUACUACCAUAGUGAAGAGGAGAACUUGGAUGAAACCGCGAACGUCAAGCGGACAAGCUUUCGGCCGUGCAAAGUGUGUCAGUGUACUGACCAUCGUCUGCGGCAUUGUGCAGAGUUUAAGAAAUUACGAUAUGUUGACCGGCUGAAGGUUGUGAAUCACUGGAAACUUUGCUGUGUUUGUCUGAAUGACCACAGCGGACGGUGCGGUUUCAAAAUACAGUGCAAUGUGGGAGAAUGCAGAGAACGACACAAUCCGUUGAUGCAUCCGGUGAAUACCGUGGUUGGUAUAAGUGCUCACAUCUGGAAUCAAACGAAAGUUAUGUUUCGAAUGAUUCCCGCUCAGUUGCACUUUGGAGGGCGAUCGAUUACGGUACUGGCGUUUUUGGACGAAGGACCGUCCGUUACACUCAUCGAGAAAAGGAUGGCAGAUCGUCUUGGACUUGUGGGUGUCCCGGAGAAGCUGACCAUUAAGUGGACAGCAGAUAUCACGCGAGUGGAGAAGGAUUCCAGCCGGAUGAAUGUGUGGGCAUCGGCAGUCGGAAGUAAGGACAAGGUGCUGCUGCACACGGUUCGAACGGUAGAGAAUCUGAUGUUGCCGCAUCAAAAACUGGACUCCAAGGAGAUUGCAACCCAGUUCAAGCACAUGCGGGGAUUACCGAUCGCGUCGUACGAUGGACAACCCGGAAUACUUAUAGGGCUCAACAAUGUGCAUUCAUUUGUGCCGUUGGAAGCGAAGAUCGGUGCGACUGCAGAGCCAAUAGCGGUGAAGUGCAAACUUGGAUGGACUGUGUACGGCCCGAGACAGUCGAACACUGCUUUUGAUGGUGGGUAUAUGGGUUAUCACCACGAAGUAAGCAACGAGGCCCUGCAUGACCUGCUGAAAGGCCACUACGCUCUGGAGGAAUCGGUCGUGGUGGUCGCGCAGGAAUCGGCAGAGGAUAAACGAGCGCGAGAGAUAAUGGAGCGGACCACAAAAAGGGUGGGAAAUCGCUUCGAGACCGGACUACUGUGGAGGACAGAUGAUCCACGAUUUCCGGACAGCUUUCCGAUGGCUCUGCACAGGAUGAAGCAGCUGGAGAAAAAACUGGAGAGAAAUCCGGAGUUGCACAAGAACGUUUGUCGGCAGAUAGAAGAGUUUCAGCAGAAAGGAUAUGCACACCUGGCAACUCCAGAAGAAUUGAUCCGUACGGAAACAGAUAAGGUGUGGUACCUACCGUUGAAUGUGGUGACAAAUCCCAGAAAGCCUGGCAAAGUGCGCUUGGUAUGGGACGCCGCAGCUUCGGUGCAAGGAGUGUCACUCAACACGCAGCUACUGACGGGACCCGACUUGCUGAUUCCACUGGUGCAAGUGAUAGUAGGUUUCCGGGAGCGACGGAUUGCAUUCGGUGGCGAUCUUCGAGAAAUGUACCACCAGGUGAAGAUCGUCGAACGCGACAGACAGGCUCAACGCUUCGUGUUCCGGAAGAAUUUCGGGGAGAAGCCAAGCAUUUUUGUAAUGGACGUUGCGACGUUUGGCUCUACAUGCUCUCCUAGUUCGGCACAGUACAUCAAAAACAAGAACGCAGAAGAACACGCUGUUCAAUAUCCAGAGGCGGCAGCGGCCAUAAUCCAUCGUCACUACGUCCACGAUUAUUUCGACAGUGUCGACACCGUCGAAGAGGCCAUCAACCGGGCGAUGCAGGUGCGUACAAUUCACAAAAAUGGUGGGUUUGAAAUCCGGAACUGGGUUUCCAAUGUACCUGAAGUUCUCCGAAUGCUGGGGGAAGAAAAGCAAGUCACGCCAGUACACUUUGGUCGGGACAAGCAGAGUUGCAGUGAACGAGUUCUUGGCAUCAUUUGGGAUCCAAACAUGGAUGAGUUUUCCUUCUCUACGCUGCACCGUCCGGAGAUGAUGGCGUACUUAUGCAACGAGAAACGACCCACGAAGCAGAUUGCAUUAAGCUGCGUGAUGGGAUUCUUUGACCCGAUGGGAUUGCUGUCUCCUUUCACAAUCCACGGCAAAAUAAUCAUCCAGCACCUCUGGCGAUUGGGCUGCGAUUGGAAGCAGGAGAUCGACGACGAGAGCUGGCGCUUAUGGAAGCGAUGGACUGGCCUGCUGCCAGAGGUGGAUGCAGUUCGGAUCACACGCUGCUACCUCGGGAAUGCUGCGUCUUCAGCCGUUGAGUCGCUGGAACUUCACAUCUUUACUGAUGCCAGUGAACACGCAUACGGAUGUGUAGCGUACUUGCGAGCGGUGAUCAACGGAAACGUACGAUGUAGCUUAGUGAUGUCACGAGCGAAAGUGGCUCCACUGAAACGUCAGUCGAUUCCACGGUUGGAAUUAAUGGCUGCCGUCCUCGGUGCUCGACUGAGUCGAACGGUUCUAGGGAUGCACUCCCUGGAAAUUACACGUUGCAUUUUAUGGACGGAUUCUCGUACGGUGUGUAGCUGGCUGCAAUCGGAUCAGUACAAGUUUAAGCAGUUCAUAGCCUUCAGAGUCGGCGAAAUUCUUGAACUGACAAGGGUAAUCGACUGGCGCUGGUUGCCGACGAAGCUGAAUAUUGCGGAUGUGCUGACUAAGUGGGGAUCCGGGCCCCCGCUGAGCAGCGACGGAGAGUGGUUCAACGGGAAAUCAUUCCUGUAUUAUCCGGAAGAGGAGUGGCCGAGCAAGGUGAUGCCGUUUGAGGAAACUAGCGAAGAGGCGAGAGGAGUAGUGCUAUUCCAAGAACUGAUCGACGUCAAGGCUACUUCGCGGUGGAUGGCACUGGUGAGAGUGACUGCAAGCGUGGUUCGCUUCAUUGCGAAUUGUCGGCGAAAAAAAAUGGGACAGCCGAUCGUGACGUCGAAAGCCACGGAGACUCAACAGCGGUCGAUUAAGUCGAAGUAUUUGGCGAUUGUAAAACCGCUCCAGCAGGAGGAACUCCUGGAAGCCGAAACGAUCCUGUGGAAGCAGGCGCAGUUCGACAGUUUCCCGGACGAAAUGAGUGCGUUGACCAAGAAUCUCAAUCUGGAGCCGGGACAGAUGCGUUCGAAAAUACAGCGGUCGAGUACCCUGGUCAAACUGACUCCGAUACUGGACGAUGAAGGUGUGCUGCGGAUGGGAGGAAGAUUCGAAAAAUCGGACGACAUCUCGUUCGACCAGAAGUUUCCGAUCAUUCUUGCUCGGCAGCACGACAUCACCAAGAAGUUGAUUCAGUGCUACCACGAAAGGUUCGGACAUGCGAAUCGAGAGACGGUUUGCAACGAGUUGCGUCAGAAGUUCUGGAUUCCGAAUAUCCGUGCAGCGAUUAUGGAAGUGAUGCGGGAGUGCAUGUGGUGCAAAGUCCAUAGAUGUCGUCCACAAGUACCAAUGAUGGCGCCUCUCCCGACUCGACGCAUCAGAGCAGGAAUUCGUCCUUUCAGUUCGGUCGGCUUAGACUACUUGGGACCAGUAGAUGUAUCGGUGGGAAGAAGAAAAGAGAAGCGAUGGGUGGCCGUGUUUACGUGUCUCGCCAUCAGAGCGGUGCAUCUCGAGGUGGUGAACAGCCUGACAACACAAUCGUGCUUGAUGGCCAUCCGCCGGUUUUCCUGUAAGCGGGGUGCUCCUGAUAUUAUAUUUUCAGAUAACGCCACUUGCUUUAAGGGUGCUAACAACGAGAUGCUGAAAACGUUACAUGGCGAUUGUGAGGAAGAAAUCACAACUGCAAGAACGGCCUGGCGAUUCAUUCCGCCUGGCACCCCGCACAUGGGUGGUGCAUGGGAGCGAAUGGUUCGUUCCGUGAAGGAGGCAAUGAAGGCAUUGGAAGAUGGAAGGAAGCUGACAGACGAGAUUCUGGUGACAACACUGGCGGAGGCAGAGGACAUGAUAAACACACGUCCUCUCACGUACAUGCCUCAGGCGUCUGCCGAAAAUGAAGCUCUGACACCGAACCAUUUUCUACGAGGAAUAGUAAAGGGCGCGGAUCUCCUAGUGGACAGGGGUGGGAAUCUAGCGGAGGCUUUGCGUGACGUGUACAAGCGAUCGCAGUACCUGGCAGACCGGAUGUGGGAACGUUGGAGCAAAGAAUAUUUGCCAACGAUAAACCGUCGCACAAAGUGGUAUGAUGAACGAAAGCCGCUGGAAGCAGGCGACCUUGUCUUCGUCGUGGAUGGUAAGGACCGGAAGAAUUGGUCUAGAGGAAUUGUCGAGGAGGUGGUUCAAGGGUCCGAUGGUCGGAUACGUGAAGCGAAAAUAAGGACUGCGACAGGGAUCCAUAGACGAGCCGUCGCGAAUCUGGCGGUGCUAGAAAUCAAGGAUGGUAAAUCCGGAUGUUCCGAGGAAAUACCGGAUGUUACGGGCUGGGGUGUCAACACCGCUGGACACACUGGAGUUGACCCAAUCGACUAA